UGUGUGUGUGUUCUCGGGAGCAGGAAGCAGGAGCUGCAAAACCAAGGGAAGUGAGUGCGAGGCAAGAGGCUAUACCAGACCAGGCCAGCCAGGAAUGAGAUUUCAAAACAUUUCCUCCUCUUCCAGAAAUGUGAUCGCCGUUUUCUUUGGGCAACGGGGAGGUGUGGCGGAGCAUCCUUAGGCCACAGAAGGUGAAGCCACCACGUGGGACGCGUGGCGGUUCUGCCAGCCUGAUGAUGAUGGCACACUUCGUGGCGUGAGCCCUGGGGGAGGGGGAGAGAAAGAGAGGGAGAGGGAGAGAUCGGCUGGAUCUCGAGGAGGGGAGAGAGAGCCACCAAAGAGGGGGGAGGAAGCCCCUGAAGAGAGCCUCCCCCCUCCCCACAGCAAGCACCCACUUCUACAGCUGCUGAGAAUGGAGGAUCCUUCCCCACCAAGCGGGGAGGUGAUCUGGAGUUUGCCAGGCACUGCCGUUUCCUGCUAAACGCCCGUCUGUCCCAGAUUGUGCCAUGGACUCCAUGUUUGAAGAUGACAUCAGCAUCCUUACCCAAGAUGCUUUGGUCCAGGACGACGACUGGCUGGACAGCCCCAAUACCGACCUCUCCAGCGAGAUGUGUUCUGCCUCUCACUUUGCUCUCAUCACCGCCUACGAUGACAUCAAGAACCGCCUGACAGGGCUGGAGCGGGAGAAUGCUAGCCUCAAGCGGAAGCUGAAGAUGUAUGAGAUUAAGUUCCCACUGAUUAGCGAGUUUGGAGAGGAGCGCAUCUUCCCAGCCUACGACUCCAAGGAGGCCUCUCUUCUGAAAAGCGAGAAAGCCAACCUCCAGCAGCAGCUGAAUCAAUUCCAGCGCGAGCUGCAGAAAAGCAAGGAGAGGGAAGAACAGCUGGGUGAGAUGAUCCAAGCCUAUGAGAAGCUGUGUGUGGAGAAGACUGACCUUGAGUCGGAGCUGGGGCAGAUGAGAGCUCUGGUUGAGACACAUCUGAAUCGUAUCCGAAGCUUAGAGCAGCAGUUGAGGCAGAGAGAUGGCAGCUCGUUCCAGAAUCUCAACUCUCAGCUGCAAAAUCAAGAAGUCCAGUAUCUGUCGCUUCAUGGCAGCCAUGUGCUGGAUUGCUCGAUGAACUGGCAGAGCCCCAGGGGCCUCGAACAGGUGGAGGGGCUGGAGGUGCAGAGGCUGGAAGUGGAGCUGGAGGAGACGAGGCAGGAAGUCCAGAAUUCGCAGCACCGGGAAGAGCAGCUGAAGGCCGAGUGCGAGAGGCUGCAGGCGGAGGUGAAGCAGCUGCAAGAGACGCGGGCUCAGGACCUUGCAACGAGUCAGUCGGAGAGGGACAUGGCAUGGGUGAAGAAAGUUGGAGAUGACCAGGUAAACCUGGCCCUUGCCUACACGGAGCUGACUGAGGAGUUGUGCCGCCUGAGGAACCUGAGUUCUCUCCAAAGCCAGAUUCUCCGGACGCUUGUGCAAGAGCAGGCCCUCAAUGGUGGUCAGCGGCACUCUCCCCAUUCACAGCAGCGCCAUUCCCCCGCUCAGCAGCGCCGAUCUCCGGGUCCUCAGUGCUCGUCUCCAGCGCAGCAAGGGAGAUCUUCUUCCGCCCCUCAAUGCCAGUCUCCGGGCCUGCAGAGACGGUCGCCAGCGCCGCCCCCUUGCCAGUCCCCUGCGCAUCAGCGCCGUUCCCCAGCGCCGCCCCCUUGCCAGUCCCCCGCCUCACAGCGUCGUUCGCCUGCCCCGCUGCCCGCCCAGCCGCCUGCCCCGCAGCGCUGCUCGCCGGGCCCAAAUUGCUCCUCCCCCGCCAUCACCUCGCAGCACAGGUCGCCGGGUGGCGAGAGGAGCAUCCUGGAUCUGGGCUACUCCAAACCCUUGAGCCACCACAUCAAGGCGAGCUUCCAGGGUCGCCGGAGCUACUCGGAGGUGAGCGACGCGGCUAUGUACCAGCAGAACCGCUCCCUCUGGCUGCAGCCGGAAGCUUCCACCUUACCAAAGCACCGUCCCUACGGCGAAGUUUACGCCAGAGACGCCUUCGAGGAGCACUUGCGCUUUGAGAAGCAGUCCUCGGAUGAAGACGACUGGGCCCUCCCAAGUCCCCCCAGCCCUGAAGCGGGGGGCAUCCGCUGCGCCUCCUUCUGUGCAGGGUUCCCCAUCCCCGACACCUCCACACACCGGACUGAUGCCUCGUACUCCAGGGCUGAGCAUGCCCAGUCCUGGCCUUCAAUCAAUUUGCUGAUGGAGACGGUGGACUCUGACAUCCGAAGCUGCCCUCUCUGCCAGGUGGCCUUUCCCAUCGGUUACCCAGAUGACGCUUUGAUAAAACACAUUGAUUCACACCUGGAGAACAGUAAGAUCUGAGGCCUGCACACCUGCCACGCCCUUCCUCUUCCGGCUUCCUUAGUGAGACCCGUCCACCUCACUCCCCAGGCCACCCCCUCCCACCCACCCGACUUGGAUGCUGCAUGAAAAGUGGUGGUGCAACAGGGGCCCGCUCUAAAAUACCUCCAAGUCUCCAGUAGACUGAACCGGAAGAAGAGUUUUGCCUCUCCGUCUCUCCCCUCUUCUCUGCCUUGGUUUCUAAAGUGGGUUUCCUCUUCCUCCUGCUCUUGAUGAGUAGGGCCUGCAAUAGUUCUCCAGUGAUUGAACCAGUCAUGGAGGUUGUGGGGAUAGGAGGCGAGAAAUACGCUUCGGCCAGGCUUAGCAGACAGAGCAUGCUGCCGCCGCUCUCCAUCUGAACGCUCAGAACCGAGGGAAGAGGAUGACUCUUAUCUAUGUGCUUCUGGUUUGGGUGUCUCUGGAAGAUCUCAGGGUAGGAGAAAUCUCUCGGGGUUGUGUGUGUGUGUUUUUUGGGGGGUGGGGCAGGGGAAAUGGGCUAAGGAACUAACUCUUUGACUUGCUGAGGUGACAGCCUGGCACUCAGGUGAAAGAAAUCGGAAGGUUUCGUUUUUGUGCCCCUCCCGCAAGCAGGAAAGUCCCAAGUGGGCCCAGUCUCCCUGCCUUUUCUGCUACUAAGGAGGACGUUCAGGCCUCACUCCUUGUUGACCAUUAAUUAUCAGACACAGAAAGCCUUGGCCUCCAACUGCUGGUUCAAGUGUCUUGGUCUUUUACAUUAAAAGCCCACUUUAACGAUGCUGCUGAGAAAUAGAGCCAACUUCCAGAGGUGUAGCAUGGAUGUUCUUAUGUUAUUGCACUGGACAUUAAAACACACGAAAGUUUUCUUUCUUUGUCUUUUCCACAAAAGGAGCUGCUCCUCUCCUCCUCCUUGCUGGUCUCUUGUGAGUUGGCACUGGAGGAAAUGCGCACUGCUGACUUGAGUUGAGCUCCAGAAAGCGUCCUCACGUGACUGUCUGUGUUCUCUUUUGGCGACUGUUCUUCCACCUUUCUCAUGAAACAACUUCUCACCUUGCUUUGGGUAGUUAGUUCCAGUAUAACAAGAAGUGUACUUGCCACAUUCUGCGCCACUGUUCUCCUGCAAUGACAGCAUGUUGACACUGUUUUUGACAACUGCAUAAAUGUAAACACCCUUCCCAUAUUUUAACAUCCACUGUUUCUCUCUCUCUCUCUCUCUCUCUCUCUCUCUCUCUCUCUCUCUCUCUCUCUCUCUCUCUCUCUCUCUCUCUCUCUCUCCCUCUCUGGCCUUACUGAGCAUAUCUUUCUCUGUACUGAUCUAAAACAAUUGGCAUGUUUCAGUUCUUCUGUCGCUUCUGGACAUAAGGUGCCUCUGUAUUGUGAGAAGUGUCUCCUUGAACAGCCUCUCCAUGCAUCAGGCUUUGGUAAGACAAGACAAAACAAAAAGAUCUGUAUGGGACUUCUUCUCUUGAGGCAACUGUCUUCCUAUCACCACGUUCUUUACUAGCCAAUGUAUGUGCUGAGAUUUAUAGCCUGCCUUAUCCCAAGGGCUCAGAAUGCACAGUGGCAGACAGGCAUGGGUCUUUGUGGCUCACUGUCCAAUCCAUGAGGGAACUAAGAGGAGAGUAGAAUUUUUAAAAAUGAAAUGUAGAAUAGAAAGGUUUCGUGUUUUUUUUAAAAAAAUAGCUCCUUUAUUCUCUCUCCCUUAUUCCCAGAAAACAAUUAGCAGUCCACCCCAGCUCGUUUUUUCAAAGAAUUCAGUCCAUCACAAACAUACCUUUUCCCUCUUCUUCCUCUUCCCGUCUGCACUAUGAUCUGUCACAACGGGCAAUUCCUCCUCCACCACUUUCAUCCAAUAUUGACUCCCCAGCCCAUGUGUCAGCAUUAUAUCCAUCCUUUUAUUGAGCUCCUCUUUGGUAAACUAGAUGUGCUGGCGACAGACCCAUGUCUUCAACCUUCUCCCCCCCCCCCCCCGGAGAUGCAGUAAAAGGAGCGAGGGGAGACAGAACAACUGUUGACUAGGAUUCAUGGAUAUCAGUCCUUUUGCGCUUGCAAGCCAAGUUCUUGGUCUGAUUCCCAGCCCAUCAUUUCCUGCCUGUCCCAAAUAGAGGGAAAGCUCAGGUGGCUAGAGUGGAGUGCUGAUGAUGCCAUGGUUGCAGGUUUGAUCCCCGUACGGGACAGCUGCGUAUUCAUGAAUUCCUGCUGAUCCUCAGGGUCCCUCCCAACUCUGCAAUUCUGUGAUUCUAUGAGAGGUGUUUCAUUGGAAGCUGAACCCCAUGGACAGUCUUCAGACCCUUUGUCCCCACCCUCUCCUUCAGUCUCCUCAAAGUCUCAGGGGCUGAACCCUUCCCUGCUUCCCUCUAGUAAGUAGCAGUGCAGAGGGGCAUUUGGGGUGUGUGUACCUCCUAUUCAUUGCAAUGAUGCCUGCACAGGAGAACUUCCAGUGAGCCAGGUCUGUCAGUCUCCCACUCUGCUGCCCUUUAAUGGUGCCCCAAAUCAACCUGAGGCAAGUCUCUCACUGUUCUCAUGGUGUGGGCUGCCUCUGCUUUAGCCAGAGCAAGCCCACGCUAUCUGCAAUCUAGGGAAGUUUUUUUAUCAUGGUUUUAUCGUGUUUUUAAUAUUCUGUUGGAAGCCCCCAGAGUGGCUGGGGAAACCCAGUUAGAUGGGUGGGGUAUUCUUAUUCUUCUUAUUAUUAUUAGCCAUGCAUCUCCCACAUACUCUUAUAACGAAGGGCUCUUAUACCCAUCACAGCUUCCACAUGGAGACCCCACGUUUUUAAAAAAAAAAUGGGGGGGGGGGGUGAGUUGUUGCUACAAAACGGAUCAGUUCAAAGCUCAGGCAGUACCAUUGAUGCCUCUGCAAAUGGUCCCAAAUCACAAAGGCUCUGGGUAGCAUGGAGAAAUGUUGUGGGCCAUUGUACUCUCAGGCGCAACUCACCCAAUGGGGGUCUUUAAAGGGACUUCUGCUUGACAGUCAUGUUGUGUGGACCUUCCCUUAACAUAGAACCUGAAAAUUAGCCACGGAAAAAAAACCUCAUCCACACAAAUCACAUUAUUUCACUGAUUAUUUGGGGAUUUUCUGAGUAGGAAGAGAGCCACGUUCUGUGGAACAAGGCCGAAAAUGCACCUCUUCCAACUUGUAACCUUUCUUCCAUUUCUCUAUGUGAAAUCUACCUCAGAGUUUAUGAGAAGCAGGAAUGAUAAUCAAGCAAAAAAAAAAGUAGCUGUUGGGUGAUGGGAAGGUGGUUUUUAAAAAUUCUUCUUUUCUGUAGCCUGCCAUAUCCUAAGGGCUCAAAUAUUACCCAGAUAUUUUCCUUUGCCCUGAAGCUUCACAGUCUUUUUUUUUUAUAACCCGAAACGGAACCAAAAAACUCAAGGAGCAAUGGUAAAAGGGGGCAGCGAUGCCCAUGAAUAUAUAAAAGUAAUUUGCUACCAAGAACCUUCAUGCCUGUUAGCAUAGUGUGAGGGCUAAGUGGCUGAACUGCAACCCAGAAGGUCCUUAUUUCAAAUCUCAUCUUUGCCAUGGACCCGUUAAGUAGCCUUAGGUAAGGCCAAAGAAAAUCCAUUCUCAUUGUGCCCAUGAACACUCCACCCUACUGAUCCUCUGAGAAAUACACAGGGAGUUGUUUUAGAAGAAUAUAAACAUGAGGCUGACAAAGCGUAUUCCUGUUUCUCUAUUACGCACUAUUAUUAUGCACCAUGGUUCAUUCUGCAAGUCUGUUUAACAAUAUCUCCCACAUAAAAAGUUAUGUCUUUGGCCCUACAGACCAUUGUAAAUGCACAGUUGAGGUGUGGUAGUCGCACAGCCGCCAUCAUAUACAUCCUAGGGUACCAAAAUACACUCCUGGUUCUGUUUGUACAAUUGGUAGCAUGAGCUGAAAGUUAGAUCUAUCAGUGACUACAGUAUUGGCCAUGAUAGGUAAGCGAUACUUCCAUGUUCAGAAGUAUCACUUCAGAUACUGCUGUUCGGCAGUGGAAUUUGCUACCAAGGAGUGUGGUGAAGUCUCCUUCUUUGGAGGUCUUUAAGCAGAGGCUUGACAGGCCAAGAAUGCUUUGAUGGUGUUUCCUGCUUGGCAGGGGGUUGGACUGGAUGGCCCUUGUGGUCUCUUCCAACUCUAUGAUUCUAUGAAGUGGUUUACCACGAAUGCCACGUCCUGGGGGACAAACAGUGAGAGAGGACUGUUGGUCCCCAUCCCCCCAAAAUGAAAAGUGUGUAGCAGAUGGUUGCUACUUUGAGUGAGGUUCAAUUGCAGACCUGCAAAUUUAAGUGAAGCGAUGGGGAAAUGUGUCAAGAAGUGUGGGAUAAUAGUUGCGUGAUGCACUAUCAUAUAACUGCCCUACAAAGAGGUCAUAAUGAGUGGUCAAUAAACAGCUGACGUCUUCUAGCCUCCCUGCAAACUUUGUGCAAACUAAUCAAGAAGAAUGCUCAAGAAAUGGGUCAUGUGGAAGUGAUCCUGGACUAGGGAGGUCUUAGCAGUGCUUAGAUUGAUCUUUGGGGCAGGUUUUCAUCUUAGCAUGAUGUGUUGACCUUUAAACGUAGUAUCAUCGUAGUACCUUCCUUGUUCUCACAAUGGGCAUGGUUAAAGUAUGGGUGACUCAUGCCACACACUACACAGUGCAUGUUUAUGCGAGUGUCCUUCCAACCUCCUUGUUUGUUUGAUGACUUUUGUUCCAUAUCAAUUUAACACAGAUACCAAUUGCUAAUACAGAUUAGAAUCUCCACUCCAAAUGCCUUUUGAAAGUGUAGCCCUUCGCUUGCCACUAUUUAUAAUGCUGCUUACAAAACAAAUAUAAAGUUGGGUAAGUGUGUUAAGGAGUAACUGAUUCAUGUUAAGUGCUCUUGUGAACAAGCUCCCCAAUUGCUACAGCUUACGACCCCCUCAUCUUUCUCCUUAGUAUUUUUUUUCCCUUAGGAGAAAUGCAUUAUUUGUUAUGUCACUUGUUAGUCAGAAAAUAGACAUCUCUGCUCUAGCCCCCAUCUCUCUAGCUUGAUUGGCCCAAAUGUGAAGAUGCAAGGAAGGCCGCCUUGGAUACCUGGCUGUGGAAAACCCUUGGGAGAGAGAGAUUGGUCUGUCUGUAUUGUUCCCAUCCCUUUCUUUGGUGUGUGUGUGUGUGUGUGUGUGUGUGUGUGUGUGUGUGUGUGUGUGUUCCUUCUGAAGAGACUCUGUGAUUCAGAAUAACUCCAAUAAAAGUUGCCAAUUGGUGAACA